GAUUGCAGCCAGAGCACCAUCCUGAGCUCCUGAUGGGUUCUGUGUGCCUAACCCAUGCAGGAUGGUGGCUCAUACAUGCUGGAUGUUUGAAAAAUGAACAAACACCUGCAGACUUACUCCUUGGCCCAGAGUUUGUUUCUUUAAAGAGAAUCUUUAUCUCCAACAGAGAGCAUCAGAAGUCAAAGGUUUUAACACACAGCAUGCCCAUAAAAAGCCAUGUUUCCCUCUGGGUUAGCUAACUCCAGCAACAGAGAUGCAUUUUCCCAUUUCUCCACCGUCCUGCAGGACUGUAUCCAGCUCUGUGGACCUGACCCUCAUGAGAUGACCACCAUCCUUGGGAGUGUUUACCUACAGCCUUCUCCUUCAUCGGUCUUUCUUUCCCCUUCAUCCUUUCCCUCCUCCUCUCAGGGCAAAAACUCCUACUCCAUGGAGCAUUUUCGAUGGGGGAAGCCUCUUGGGAGAAAGCGGCGUUCAACGAAAAUCCCCACAGGCAGAAGUGUGAAUGGAGACUCAGCUGAUUUUUUCCCUGGAGAGUUGAGGUGGUGGAAACUUUCCAGGGUAAAACCAGCAGCUGAGGAUGAGGAGCAGGUGGCAGAGGAGGAAGCAGAGCAGCUCUCCACUGAGCAACGUGAUACAGAAGACAUCCCGUACAAGAUGGAGCACUUCCGUUGGAGCGGCCCUGUGGCUAGCAAACACUACGGGGGCUUCAUGAAGAGCUGGAAGGGCCACAGCAAGGGGCCGCUGGUCACACUCUUCAGAAACGUCAUCAACAAAGGAGAGGAGGAGAAGAGAGCGAUGUGAGGAUGAAGAAGGGAGGAAAAGAAGAUGGACAGGG